GAUCUCACCACUGAGCUGAGUUGGGAGCUGACCAUUCCCCCAGAAGUACAGCGGAUUGUCAAGGUGAAGGGGAAACGCAGCAGUGAGCAUGUUCAUUCCCAGGGCCGUGUGAUGGGGGACCGCAGUGUGCUCUACAAGAGCCUGAACCCCAACAUGCUGGCCAUGGUGACGGAGAGCAUGUUCUGUUAGUGGAAUGAAACCAAAAAUCAAUGGUGUUAGUCCAACCCAACAAAACAGAUAUCAAACCAUAUUCCAUAAGAACCGCUCAUGGCCCUGUUCUUUUCAGUAUAUGGGAAAACAAAAUGGAAACAACAAAAUAGAAUCAGGUUUAUGAAACUCCUCGAUAGAUGGUCACACAUGUUUUCAGGAGAUCUCUAUAGAAAUGAUUUUGAUCACUUGAUACCUUGAAAAGAGCUCUUGCGACAAUAGAAUGACAUCCAUAAGUGACAAGUAUAAAAUGUAGUGCUCAGUGACAUUAAAAAACAAAUCAACCCACAUAGAGGAAGAGCUCUGGACAUAGGGAUGUCAAACUAGUCUAGAGUGUAAUGAAAAGCCAAGAUGGUGCCCCAGUAAGAAAAAAGAAAUCAACAUAACAAUGGGAAACAGCAAGAAGAAGACUGAGACAGGAAAGACAACAUUUUUCACAAGUGAAUUAUUCAUUCACUGUCUAGUGGAUACAGACAAAACUGCAGAAGACCCAGAGGAAAUCAGGGCAGGCUAAAAGUUUGAUAUCUUACACUUGUGGAAAAGCCUUAAGAUCUGUUUUAACUUGGAGCAGGUGGGGUGACAUCAUGACUACCAUUAAGAAAAUAUAACCUGUUGGGAAACUGUUUCUGCCUUGAUCAUGUUGCACAGACAAGCGAUAAACAGUGAGGAAUGUGCUUAGAUGUAUUGGGAAAGAGAUGGGUCUGUGGCAUUGUCACAAGGGUACACGAAUACUGAGAGUGAAUUUUGAAGGAAUGAUCCCAAUUGGUGGUGACCCUCAGGUGAGACUAGGGUGCCUGUGUUUCAGCAAAGCCUUGGCAGUUGGAGUGAGGGCUCCUAAGAUUCCAUGACACCCCCACGUUCUAAUUGUGUUGUAGCAACUGCAGACCGUUACCUGGCACACUGGCCACACCCUUGCUCACUCUUGUCGGAGACUGAGCUAUUGGCAGUGCCUUCAGCUCUGAGCUCAGGCACCGUGAACAUUGUUUUUGUCGUUAAGGAUCCUAAAGUGCUGUGGGGACUGAUCACCUUUUUCUCAACAUCCCUGGCCCCACCUCUUCUGCCACAAAUAUCAGCAUGGUGGUAGCUGCCGGCCUUUGGUCCAGUGAGAAGGCAGAGAUGAACAAUCUAGAAAUCAACAAGAAAUCGCACCCCCAGCUGGUAGAGAACAAACAGGAGUUCAGAAACCUCCAACAGAAAUUUCUUGUAACUCAAGUGGCCUACUUUCUGGCCAAAGGGCAGAAUAAUUAUGAGUAUGAAGACUGCAAAGACCUCAUAAAGUCUAUGCUGAGGGAUGAGCGGCUAUUCAUGGAAAAGGAGUUUGCAGAGCAGCUCAGGCAAUAUGAAGUCUUGGUUUUCUCUCGGGAACGGGAGCUGACCCAGUUAAGCGUGAAGUUACGGGAAGGGAGAGAUGCCUCCUGCUCAUUGAUUCGGCAUCUCCAGGCCCUUCUCACUCCGGAUGAGCUGGACGAGUCCCAGGGGUGGGACCUCCGAGAACAGCUGGCUGAGGGAUGUAGGCUGGCACAGGACCUACUCCAAAAGCUCAGCCCAGCAACUGCCGAAGACGAGGAUGAGGAUGUUAAAGUUGAGGAGGCUGAGAAAGUAGAGGAAUUAUGUGCCCCCAGGGAGGUGCAGAAGGCUGAAGAACAGGAAGUCCCUGAGGACUCACUGGAGGAAUGUGCCGUCACUUGUUCCAAUAGCCACGGCCCUUGUGAGUCCAACCAGCCUCACGGGAACACCGAAAUCACAUUUGAGGAAGACCAAGUCGACCCACCUCUAGUUGUAGACAGUGCAUCCUCUGGUGAUGAACGGCAGGAUGCUCCAAACCUUCUCCCAGUCCCUGGCCCCACCUCUUCUGCCACAAACAUCAGCAUGGUGGUAUCUGCGGGCCCUUGGUCCAGGGAGAAGGCAGAGAUGAACAUUCUAGAAAUCAACAAGAAAUCACGCCCCCAGCUGGUAGAGAACAAACAGGAGUUCAGAAACCUCCAACAGAAAUUUCUUGUAACUCAAGUGGCCUACUUCCUGGCCAAUGGGCAGAAUAAUUACGAGUAUGAAGACUGCAAAGACCUCAUAAAGUCUAUGCUGAGGGAUGAGCGGCUCUUCGUGGAAAAGGAGCUUGCAGAGCAGUUCAGGCAAUAUGAAGGCCUGGUUUUCUCUCGGGAACGAGAGUUGACCCAGUUAAGCGUGAAGUUACGGGAAGGGAGAGAUGCCGCCCGCUCAUUGAUUGGGCAUCUCCAGGCCCUUCUCACUCCGGAUGAGCCUGACGAGUCCCAGGGGUGGGACCUCCGAGAACAGCUGGCUGAGGGAUGUAGGCUGGCACAGGACCUCCUCCAAAAGCUCAGCCCAGCAAAUGACCAAGAAGAGGAUGAAGAUGUUAAAGUUGAGGAGGCUGAGAAAGUAGAGGAAUUAUGUGCCCCCAGGGAGGUGCAGAAGGCUGAAGAACAGGAAGUCCCUGAGGACUCACUGGAGGAAUAUGCCGUCACUUGUUCCAAUAGCCACGGCCCUUGUGAGUCCAACCAGCCUCACGGGAACACCAAAGUCACAUUUGAGGAAGACCAAGUCGACCCACCUCUAGUUGUAGACAGUGCAUCCUCUGGUGAUGAACGGCAGGAUGCUCCAAACCUUCUCCCAGAGUCUGAAGACUGCAAAGACCUCAUGAAGUCUACGCUGAGGGAUGAGCGGCUGUUCAUGGAAGAGGAGCUUUCGGAGCAGCUCAGGCAAUAUGAAGGCCUGGUUUUCUCUCGGGAACGGGAGCUGACCCAGUUAAGCGUGAAGUUACGGGAAGGGAGAGAUGCCGCCCGCUCAUUGAUUGGGCAUCUCCAGGCCCUUCUCACUCCGGAUGAGCCUGACGAGUCCCAGGGGUGGGACCUCCGAGAACAGCUGGCUGAGGGAUGUAGGCUGGCACAGGACCUCCUCCAAAAGCUCAGCCCAGCAAAUGACGAAGACAAGGAUGAGGAUGUUAAAGUUGAGGAGGCUGAGAAAGUAGAGGAAUUCUGUGCCCCCAGGGAGGUGCAGAAGGCUGAAGAAAAGGAAGUCCCUGAGGACUCACUGGAGGAAUGUGCCGUCACUUGUUCCAAUAGCCACGGCCCUUGUGAGUCCAAGCAGCCUCACGGGAACAAAAUCACAUUUCAGGAAGACCCAGUCGAUUCAACUCUCACUGACUCAUCCUCUCAUGAUGAAUGGUUGGAUGCUGUACACAUUAUCCCAGAAAAUGAAAGUGAUCAUGAGGAAGAGGAAGAAAAAGGGCCAGUGUCUCCCAGGAAUCUGCAGGAGUCUGAAGAGGAGGAAGCCCCCCAGGAGUCCUGGGAUGAAGGUGAUUCGACUCUCUCAAUUCCUCCUGACAUGUCUGCUUCAUACCAGUCUGACAGGAGCACCUUUCACUCAGUAGAGGAACAGCAAGUCGGCUUGGCUCUUGACAUAGGCAGACAUUGGUGUGAUCAAGUGAAAAAGGAGGACCAAGAGGCGACAGGUCCCAGGCUCAGCAGGGAGCUGCUGGAUGAGAAAGAGUCUGAAGUCUUGCAGGACUCACGGGAUAGAUUUUAUUCAUCUCCUUUUGCGGAUCUGGAACUGCUUGAGUUAUGCAACCCCUACAGAAGUGCGGUUAACUCAUCGGAGGAAGAACACCUUGGCUUGGCUCUUGACGUGGACAGAAUUAAAAAAGACCAAGAAGAGGAAGAAGACCAAGGCCCACCAUGCCCCAGGCUCAGCAGAGAGCUGCUGGAGGUAGUAGAGACUGAGGACUUGCAGGACUCACUGGAUAGAUGUUAUUCAACUCCUUCCAGUUAUCUAGAACAGCCUGAUUCAUGGCAGCCCUACUCAUUGGAGGAAGAAUAUAUUGGCUUGUCUGUUGAUGUGGAUGAAAUUGAAAAGUACCAAGAAGGGGAAGAAGAUCAAAACCCACCAUGCCCCAGGCUCAACGGGGUGCUGAUGGAAGCAGAAGAGCCUGAAGUCUUGCAGAACUCAGUGGAUAGACGUUAUUCGACUCCUUCAACUUACUUUGAACUAGAUGCCUCAUUCCAGCACUACAGAAGUGACUUUUACUCAUUUGAGGAAGAGCAUGUCAGCUUGGCCCUUGACGUGGACAAUAGGUUUUUUACUUUGACGGGGAUGAGGCACCACCUGGUCUUCCAGGUGGGAGGCAUAUUCCCACACUAAGCAGCCCUUACUAAGCUGAGAGAUGUCAUUGCUGCAGGCAGGACCUGUAGGCACAUGUAGGUUUGAAUGAAACUGUAGUUCCCUUUGGAAGCCCAGGCAAAAGUUUUUAAUUCUAUAGAUUAAAAUAAUUUUGGACAAAAACUAAAACUCAAUAGGAUGGGAAAGUGGGCAUGGCUCUAUUCCUAUUCUCAGACCAUGCCAGUGGCCACCUGUGCUCAGUCUGAAGACAUUGGACCCAAGUUAGGUGUGACACGUUCACAUGACUAUGUAGCACAUGCCGGGAGUGAUCUGCCAGACAUCCUAAUUUGAUCCAGAUAUCUCUGGGUAGCUACAAAGUUCCUCAGGGAUUUCAUUUUGCAGGCAUGUCUCUGAGCUUCUAAAUCUGCUCAAGGUCAGUGUCAUCUUUGUGUUUAGCUCAUCCAAAGGUGUUACCCUGGUUUCAAUGAACCUAACCCCAUUCUUUGUAUCUUCAGUGUUGUUUUAGCUGAUCCAUCUGUAACACAGGAGGGAUCCUUGGCUGAGGAUUAUAUUUCAGAGCCACUGACUGCUCUUGACAAUUGUUAACCCACUAGGCUCCUUUGAUUAGAGAAGCCAUAGUCCUUCAGCCUCCAAUUGAUAUCAAUACUUAGGAAGACCACAGCUAGAUGGACAAACAGCAUCAAGAGGCCUUAGCCCUGCUCCUUUCAAUUCCAUCCUGUAAGAAACAGGAGUCAGGAGCCGCUGGCAGGGGACAGCAUGUCACCUGGGACUCUGCCGGUGCAGAAUAUGAACAAUGCCAUGUUCUUGCAGAAAACGCUUAGCCUGAGUUUCAUAGGAGGUAAUCACCAGACAACUGCAGAAUGUAGAACACUGAGCAGGACAACUGACCUGUCUCCUUCACACAGUCCACGUCACCACGAAUCACACAGCAAAAAGGAGGAGAGAUAUUUUGGGUUCAAAAAAAGUAAAAAGAUAAUGUAGCUACAUUUCUUUAGUAAUUUUGAACCCCAAAUAUUUCCUCCUCUUUUUGUUGUUGUCAUUGAUUGUGGUGACAUGGACUUGUUUCUAGAGGACAGGUCAGCUGUCUGGCUCAAUGGUCUACAUUCUGAAGUUGUCUGAAAAUGUCUUCAUGAUGAAAUUCAGCCUAAACGUUUUGUCAAGAACACUGCAGAGUCAAUACUGUGAGUUUCCAACCUCAGCCCAAAUGUGGGCAGAGAAGGUCUAGUUUGUCCAUCAGCAUUAUCAUGCUAUCAGGACUGGUUACUUGGCUAAGGAGGGGUCUAGGAGAUCUAUCCCUUUUAGAGACACCUUACUUAUAAUGAAGUAUUUGGGAAAGUGGUUUUUAAAAGUAUCAAUGUCUUGUAUUCUGAUGAUCAUCCUCUAAACAUUUUAUCGUUUAUUAAUCAUCCCUGCCUGUGUCUAUUAUUAUAUUCAUAUCUCUACACUGGAAAUUUUCUGUCUCAAUUUUUACUGUGCCUUUGUUUUCGCUAGUGUCUGUUGUUAAAAAAAAAAAAAUUCUCUGCCUGGGUUUUAAUUUUUGUCCAAAGUUAUUUUAAUCUAUACAAUUAAAAACUUUUGCCUAUCACUCUGGACUGUUGGAUUGUUUUUUACAUUCAGUGUUAUAAUCUUUUGUUAUGCUGAUUGGUUUUGGUGGGUACUGAUGCGAAUUAAUAAAAACAUUUUCAUUUCCCUGUU